CUUGAAUUGCUUCACAUCUGUUACUCUUACCACGCGGCCCUUCCAAAGAUAUUUGCUACGACAGAAGAAUACAAAUCCAAAGGUCAAGAUCACAUUGUCCAUCAAUCGCACACACGUUCAGAGACCUAUCAAUACUUUAUUUACUGCAUCACCUAUCACUGGGAUUUCCCCCACCAUGCCCAAGAUCCUCAUCACAGGCGCUGGAGGGUUCCUGGGCCAAUUUCUCGCCAGGGAAUUACUCAAGGACCCGCAGAACACGCUCGUGCUGACUGAUAUUGUCGACGUGCCGGUACCCAAGGGAUCCAAGAAUCCUCAAAAUGCUACGACCGUCAAGGCAGAUCUCUUAAAAGAUCAGAGCGUCAUCACUGCUGAUCUGGACGCGGCCUAUCUCUUCCACGGAAUCAUGUCAGCAGGCUCAGAGGCCAACUACGAUCUAGGCAUCGGCGUCAACCUCGAGAGCACACGGGUUAUUCUAGACAAAAUUCGACAUGUGCGGCCGGGAUUGCGUGUGAUCUAUUCGUCCAGCCAGGCAGUCUACGGGCAGCCACUGCCCAAGGUCGUGGAUGAAUCCGUUCUGCCCACUCCUGAAGGUUCUUACGGGUCGGCCAAGUUCAUGAUUGAAAUCUUGAUCAAUGACAUGACGCGACGGGGCUUCAUCGACGGCAUCGUCCUACGAUUCCCCACGAUUUCGGUCCGACCGGGUAAGCCAGCUCCGGCGGCCAGCGCCUUUAUCUCAGGCAUCAUCCGCGAACCCGUUGCCGGCAUCGAGGCCGUGGUUCCCAUCAAAGACCGCAGUUUUCCUUCCAACGUAUGUUCACCAAGUGUGCUCAUUGGCAACCUCGUGCAUGCCCUGACCUUGCCAUCGGAUGCUCUGCCCAAGCAUAAACGCGUGGUCAAUUCUCCAGGAUUAACGGUCACGAUCCAGGAGAUGCUGGACGCAUUGGCCAAGGUUGCAGGUGAGGACAAACUCAAGUACGUGCGUGAGGAGCACGAUGAGGCCUUGGCGAGAAUCCUCAAGUCAUGGGCUUUCAACUUUGACAAUUCGUUGGGCUUGAGCUUGGGCUUCAAGAAACCUGAGAGUUUCGAGGCUGCGGUGCAAGAGUAUCUGGAUUAUGUAGAGGAGGAAAAGUCUUGGAAAUGAGGCCGGACAUUGGAGUUUAUCAAACUCGAAUCCAGCCUUGUGUCUAACUCAACAAGGUUCUUGGUCACUGAGCAUGGCCUUUGGCCGUCCCAUUGUAUAUAUUCUGCAUAAGAUCCUGUCUUGAAGUCGUCUAUGAACAUCUAGGACUGUGGUAACAUUG